AUGUGGGAAACAUCAAGAUUUGUUUGGGAGACAAUUAGGAGGACGAAUGUAGUAGGAAAGAGUGAUGGAGUAUUUGAGAUUGAUUUAAGGGGAAAGAAGACGAUAGAUGGGCAAGGGUGGUCGGUUGUAAUGAUCGAGUGGCAUAAAUAUUGUGGUUGUUUGUUGCGGCGAGUAGAGAUGACUAGUAGAAUGUGUGAACUCGUGUAUGGGUUACGGGAUUUGUUUGUGAUGAUUUUUUGUAAGGAUGGAGGCAACUAUGGUUUUGAUGACUACAUGGUGGUUCGGGGACUAUGGCUCACUAGAGAGGGAGCUAUGAGCUUGACAAUGAAGGGCUAUGUAGAGAUGGUGGUUUAUAAAGGCUUGGAGGAGAGAUGA